GCGCCUUUGAAGUAAGCGGAUAAAGUCUUCUCUCUCUCCGUAACCGGUAGAGUGGAGCGGAAGCGGCCACACUGAUAGAAGCAAGAUAUGUUGGCAAAUCCUGACAGUGGCAGACUCCACUGCCCUAAUCCCUCCCAAUUCCUGAACCCAAACAGGCCUAAAUGUUUCCUCUUUCCAAACUGCCCUCGUUCCCCAAACUUCCCCAGCAAGUCCAAGUUCUGCAACUUGUCCCUGCUUCUGCCCAGGCAGACCGGCAAGAAGGGUCUUGCCAUCAGAGCUUUGUCCGAGCCCCGCGGUGUUUCGACGAGCGGUGGUCCUCAGGGAUACCCUCAGCCGUACUCUGUCAAAAUCCCUGUUGGUGAUAGACAUAUUUUGGUUGAGACAGGUCAUAUUGGGAGACAAGCCAGUGCUUCUGUUACAGUGACAGAUGGAGAAACCAUUAUUUACACAUCUGUUUGUCUGGCCGACACUCCAAGUGAGCCUUCGGACUUCUUCCCUCUUUCGGUACAUUAUCAGGAGCGCUUUUCAGCAGCAGGUCGAACUAGUGGAGGCUUCUUCAAACGAGAAGGAAGGGCGAAAGAUCAUGAGGUUCUCAUUUGUAGAUUGAUUGAUAGGCCUUUGCGUCCAACUAUGUUGAACGGCUUCUACCAUGAAACUCAGAUACUUUCUUGGGUUCUGAGUUAUGAUGGUUUGCACUCUCCUGAUUCUUUGGCAGUCACAGCAGCUGGAAUAGCAGUGGCUCUUUCUGAAGUUCCAAACUCAAAAACUGUAGCAGGAGUGCGAAUUGGUCUUGUUGGUGACAAAUUUAUCGUGAAUCCAACAACAAAGGAGAUGGAAGACUCUGAGUUGGACUUGUUGGUCGCUGGCACAGAUAAUGCAAUAUUGAUGAUAGAGGGCUAUUGUGAUUUUCUCACAGAGGAAAAGUUGCUGCAAGCAGUAGAAGUUGGGCAGGAUGCCAUACAAGCAAUUUGCAAUGAGGUAGAAGCUUUGGUUAAGAAGUGUGGAAAGCCAAAAAUGCUUGAUGCAAUCAAAUUACCUCCCCCUGAGCUAUAUAAUCAUGUUGAGGAAAUUGCCAGUGAUGAGUUGAUAAGAGCUCUGCAGAUUAAGGACAAGAUUCCUAGAAGGAAGGCUCUCUUGUCUUUGGAAGGAGAAGUUUUAACUAUACUUACAGAAAAGGGAUAUGUUAGUAAGGAUGCAGCUCUCGUAGGCAGUGAAACAAUACCAGAUAUAUUUGAAGAUGAAGAGGAGGAUGAGGAAGUGGUUGUGGAUGGUGAAGUAGAUGAAGGUGAUGUUCAUAUAAAGCCUAGUUCACGAAAGUCAACCCCCUUGUUCUUUUCUGAGGUAGAUGUGAAGCUGGUAUUCAAAGAAGUUACAUCCAAAUUUUUACGAAGACGCAUUGUGGAGGGUGGAAGAAGAAGUGAUGGACGUACCCCAUAUGAGAUACGUCCAAUCAACUCAAAAUGUGGACUGCUUCCAAGGGCACAUGGAAGUGCUCUUUUCACACGUGGGGAAACCCAGUCAUUGGCUGUUGUUACACUCGGGGAUAAACAGAUGGCACAGAGGGUAGACAACCUAGUAGAUGUUGACGAAUGGAAGAGAUUCUAUCUCCAGUACACAUUUCCCCCUUCAUGUGUUGGGGAAGUUGGACGGAAUGGAGCCCCUAGUAGAAGAGAAAUUGGCCAUGGAAUGCUUGCUGAGAGAGCUCUUGAACCAAUUUUGCCUUCCGAAGAUGAUUUUCCUUACACUAUACGUGUUGAGAGUACAAUUACUGAAAGCAAUGGCUCUUCAAGUAUGGCAUCUGUUUGUGGGGGCUGCUUAGCUUUACAGGAUGCUGGUGUUCCAAUCAAGUCCUCUAUAGUUGGGAUAGCAAUGGGUAUGGUUCUGGAAACUGAGGAAUUUGGGGGAAAUGGUGCUCCACUAAUUCUGUCUGACAUAACUGGAUCUGAAGAUGCAUCCGGGGAUAUGGAUUUCAAGGUUGCCGGAAAUGAAGAUGGUGUAACUGCAUUUCAGAUGGACAUAAAGGUGAGCGGGAUUACAUUACCAGUUAUGAGAGAGGCACUCCUACAGGCAAAGGAUGGCCGUAAGCAUAUUAUUGCGGAAAUGUUGAAGUGCUCAUCUCCUCCUUCAAGAUCGCUUUCUAAGUACGCACCACUGAUUCACAUAAUGAAGGUCAACCCGGAGAAAGUAAACUUAAUCAUUGGUAGUGGUGGGAAGAAGGUGAAGAGUAUUAUAGAAGAGUCUGGAGUAGACACAAUUGACACACAAGAAGACGGGAUAGUGAGAAUUACCAGCAGGGAUUUGUCUAGCAUAGAAAAGGCUAAAGCUAUUAUUACUAACUUGACAAUGGUUCCGUCAGUUGGUGAUAUCUUCAGGAACUGCGAGAUCAAAUCAAUAGUUCCAUAUGGAGUAUUUGUGGAAAUAGCACCUGGGCGUGAGGGACUUUGCCAUAUUAGCGAGUUGAGUUCAGAGUGGCUGGCAAAGGCAGAAGACGCUGUUAAAGUUGGAGAGUAUAUUGAUGUUAAACUUAUUGAGGUAAAUGAGAAGGGGCAACUUCGCCUUAGCCGCAAAGCUUUACUUCCAGAUACAGAUGCAGAGAAAGCCAGUUCAAAGCAGCCUACGGGUGACUCCAAUGAUGUAGCUUCCCAAGAAACAUCUGACAAGGGUUCAACAAAGAAAAUUAUUAGCACUCCAAAGAGGGACGUAGCUGAAGAGCUCCCACAAAAGAAGUUCAUUCGGAGAUUAGUCAGUGCUGCCAAAGACGGACCAAAUAUCAACAAAGAUAAAGCAAAGAAGAGCAGUAAAGUAGUCGGUAGCGUCUCCAGCAAGGACGAAAAUACUUUAGUGAAUGGAGAGGCUAACAUUGGAUAGUAUGGAUAUUUUCUUCUUGACCAACUCACGAGGAUUAUUUAUUGCUUCCUGUUUGUCAUGUUGAAAAACGAUGGUGCAGUGUCUCCAGCUGAGGAAGAAAUGGAAGUGAUUUAUUAGCAUGUUCCACCAAAAGGCUCGCCUCGCGUGCAUUGACGUGAAUGUGUCGCAUUUAAGCAUUUAACUGAGGAACCGGAUUAAAUGUAACAACAUCAUGUGUUCUUUGAGAAAGCUGGGAACUCUUAUGAGCUGGGAAAAGUUGCUGAAGCAAUGAUUUUUACUUGCUCAAGAUUCCGAGAGCUCCAUUUGGUGUGGGGUAAGCUUCCUUGCUAGGUGCUUUAGAGUUUCCUUUGCAGUAGAGGAGGAUGCCAUGGUGCAUUUUUUGUUCAGAUUUCGACACGGUAGUUUUGUUUCUGUCUUCUGUUUAUUGCUGCACCACAAUAUUUUUAAUACUAUGCUGUAAACGAUCAUGGUUGAGCUCCAUCGCAACUUUUUUUGUAAGUUUUUCUUCUGGGUUCAAAAGCCUCAUGGCAUAAGUAUUUCUCCAUGUUUGUCAAAUUAUAAACAUCGAAUUUAAUCAAAGUAGAACACCAUCCUGCUCUA